CUUGGGUACGAAGAGAGGAAGAAUCUGGUGGAGAGGCUGGUAAAAAUAGCAGAAGAAGACAAUGAGGCCUUCUUGCUGAAGCUCAGGGACCGAAUUGAUAGAAGCUUAUGUAGAAGCAGGGCUUUGCCUACUUUCGUAACCUUCUUUGUGAAUGUACUGGAUGGGUUCUUGAACCAUCUCCACGUGCUUCCAAGUAGAAAGAAGCAUUUGUCUAUUCUCCAAGAUGUCAGUGGGAUAAUCAGGCCUUGCAGAAUGACUCUGCUUCUAGGUCCUCCAAGCUCCGGAAAGACCACGCUGCUCCUGGCUUUAGCUGGGAAGCUUGCUUCUGACCUUAAAUUCUCAGGGAGGGUAACUUACAACGGCUGUGAAAUGCAUGAGUUUGUACCACAAAGAACAGCUGCAUAUAUCAGUCAAAAAGAUGUCCAUACUGGGGAAAUGACCGUGAGAGAAACCUUGGCAUUUUCGGCAAGAUGCCAGGGGGUUGGAUCCCGUUACGAAAUGCUAGCAGAGUUGUCAAGGAGAGAGAAGGAGGCAAAUAUCAAGCCUGAUCCCGAUAUUGAUAUCUUCAUGAAGGCAAGGAAAGAUAUUGAAUUUCAAUCAUUAUCAUGCAGCCGCAACAGAAGUUCCACGACUUUCCAAAUUGUGAAAUUGCUGAGACAGUAUGUUUACAUUCUUCAAGGAACAGCACUCAUCUCCCUCCUGCAGCCAGCACCCGAGACCUACGAUCUCUUCGAUGACGUCAUUCUCAUAUCGACGGUCAGAUUAUUUAUCAGGGUCCCGGGAAAAUGUGACUCAAGGAAAGAUCAGGAGCAAUACUGGACACGUAGAGACGAGCCUUACAGGUUUAUUACUGUCACUGAAUUUGCAGAGGCAUUCCGGUCAUUCCAUGCUGGUAAGAGUCUGGGAGAUGAGCUUGCAGUCCCAUUUGACAAAGCCAAAAGCCAUCCAGCUGCCUUGACAACCAGAAAAUAUGGAGUUAGUAAGAAGGAACUCUUAAAAGCCUGUGCCUCAAGAGAGCUCUUACUGAUGAAGAGGAACUCAUUUGUCUACAUCUUCAAGCUUAUGCAACUGUCUGUAAUGGCAUUGAUUACAAUGACACUCUUCUUCCGAACUGAGAUGCACCGGAAUUCUGAAACUGACGGACAGACAUAUGCCGGAGCUUUGUUUUUCACCACAGUUAUGGUCAUGUUUAAUGGGCUAUCAGAAAUUUCAAUGACAGUUCUAAAGCUUCCCGUCUUUUACAAGCAAAGGGACCUUCUAUUCUAUCCAUCAUGGGCCUAUUCUAUUCCCAUGUGGAUUCUUAGGGUGACCGUUUCAUGCAUUGAAGUCGCUUUGUGGGUGAUCCUGACUUACUAUGUCGUUGGAUAUGAACCAAGCAUGGAGAGAGGAUAUGAGGAAAUGGUGGAUAUGGGGCUAUUGGCAUCACCAUUGAUGUAUGCCCAGAACGCCAUUCUUGUAAAUGAGUUCUUGGGGCAUAGUUGGGGACAUGUUAUAUCAAAUUCAAAAGCAUCGCUAGGGGAGGCAAUCUUGAAGUCACGAGGUUAUUUCCCCUACGCAUACUGGUAUUGGCUUGGAGUUGGGGCAUUGCUUGGAUUUGUAUUCCUGUACAACUUCUGUUUCACUCUGGCACUGACUUACCUCAACCGUGAGUAUCGCUGA